AUGUCUGGUCAUUCCAUCCAUCAUCAGGCUCAGGGGCCCCGAGCCAAGAACCCACAGGAGCAGCAGAGGAGACCCAUGGGGCAGACGACUCCUCCAGCCGAGAAGGAGGAAUCCAGGGUGAAAUGCAAGAACUGCGGGGCCUUUGGGCACUCAGCCAGGAGCAAGACCUGCCCCAUUUAGAGGUGGAGUGGGGCCCUUCCUCUGCAGGCCCUGGGCUCACACAAGGAGAAGGAGAACCUGAAACCAGCAAAGGCCCAGCUACCCCAGGCUCCAGGGCCCUUUACGACGAAUGACAGAGAAAAGGAGCGAAGUCCAAGUCCCCAGCAGCAGCAGAGCGAAGCUCCGAAGCAGACAUUUCCCAGAACUCCCCAAGAGAAAACGCAGGAAGCCUGGAAGGAGCCAGCAGAAGACUGUUUGUUCCUGAGGCAUCCUACCAUGCCACUGCCUGUCCACACCACCAAGAAGAGAUCUGUCCUGGGCCCUGCGUCCACAGGUCCACUGCCUGUCAACAAACCCGAGAUGAGAUUACUCUGCCCUUCGGGUCACAACGAUUGACCUCAACUAAGCACCUGUGGACCCACCAAGGGACAUGGCGGGGACGUUACUGCCUCCCUGCUCCCUGUUCUGCAGAGCUCCCACCAGACCCCCACUCUCAGUGCCAGGCUGCCAGCCAACAGGCCUGACAUGUCCUCCCACGGUGCUCUCCAGCCUGCCAUGCAGGUGCUUGCCCUGGGUCCUGGCCUUAAAUCCCAGGCAGAAAUCAAACAUCCCGACACAGAUGCAAAGCCCAGACCACAGCAAGUCAGACAACAGUGUGGCCAGGACUCCAGAACCCAGGCACCAGACAAGGAGCCUGCCCCCGUGCCCACCCAGACUUUCCAGAACCCCGCAAAGAAAGCAAGAUUCAGCUCCUUCCAGACCCCUGCACUGAGAACUCAGCUCCCGGAUGUGGGCGCUGUGCAGACACUCCAGCCUCCCCACACUGCAACUGGACUUGGAUCCAAACAGACACCCGAGGCGACCACAGAGACAGCAGCCACCAAGACAGCAACCCUGCAGCCCAGAGUCAACCUCCAGCCCGCACCCAGCUCACCUGUCCUGGGCCCAGCCCAGGGCUGCCCCAUCCUCCAGCCUGGACCACCCAUUCAUGUUCCAGGGAGGCCCGGCAGUGUCACCUUUAUGAGAGGGGACGAGGGACAGAAGAGCCCCAGGUUCAGAACGCCUCCCACAUCCCGUCCUCCUGAAAACUCUGCUUCCGCUCAGAGCCCUCGCUUCUCAAGGCAGCCUGAGGGGCGGGGUCCCCAGGUCUCAACGAGUGUCCUCUUUGAGGACCUUCUGGUCACUUCCUCCUCUGAGGACAGUGACAGUGACUGA